AUGAAUCAAAGUGGAUUGGAAAUUCAGCCCUUCUUUUUCCCCCAGACAAUCUCUGAAGGGGAGAGAGUCAUUGUUGCUUGCACUACAAAGUCAGGGUCGAAAUCUGGAGAUCCCUUGUCCUUCAAGUGGUUGAAAGAUGGAAAUCCUUUGCAAUCUAAAAUUCAAGUAAAAACUUUUGCAGAUUUUUCAAACAUGGUUAUUGACUCAGUUACCGAAGAAGACAGCGGUAAUUAUACUUGCGCAGUAAGCAGUAGCGGAUUCCACGACACUUUUAGUGCACCUUUAGUUGUUAUGGUUCCUCCUCAGUGGCUGUCCAUUCCAAUGGAUUCUAACAGUUUUGCAGGAGAAUUUUUGGUGAUUAAUUGCAGAGCAUCCGGGAAACCACAACCUACAGUUACUUGGACAAAAUCUGAAGGUUCAGGACGGGAGGGAUUUCUGCCACUGUCUCCAAAUGACCACCUUUUACUUCCUGCAAAUGGUAGCCUCAUCAUAACCCAAGUAAAGAAGCACGACGAAGGUCUGUACCAGUGCGUAGCAACCAAUUCCGUUGGCCAGAGUCUCAAGAAAAUCGUUUCUGUAUACGUAUCUGUUAUGGAAUCCAAUUACCUUCUACAUUUACUUCAAGCUUCCAUCAUAGCAGCUGUGGUGAAUGCUAUUAUAGAACAUCCAAAAAUUCAGGCAUUUAAUUUCCCAGUUGAUGUAAUAGUCGGGCAGAAGGCCAGCGCCAUGUGUACAGCAAUAUCAGGCAUGCCCCCUUUGGAUUUCCGUUGGCUCAAAAAUGGAAAAGAGCUAUCACCCGGAGGAAAGAUCACCAUACGGACACUGGUAGACGUUUCAGUUCUUGUGAUUGAGUCGGUCGACGCUUCAUCAAGUGGCAACUACACGUGCCACCUAAGAACAUCAACUAGUAGCGAUUCGUAUACAGCUCAUCUUGAUGUUAAAGAACCAAGCAGUUGGACAAAUAAAGUUCAUGACCAUGAUCUAAAAGCUGGAGAAAACGCAACGAUAUUGUGUGAAGCGACCGGUUUGCCACUUCCACAAGUGACGUGGAAGAAGAAAAUAGAUAAUGGACAAGAAAUUUCAGCAUCAGUUGAGCAACAAACCCAACUGCCAGGUUCCAGCAAAUUGUUGCUUUUAAAUACGAAACCGGAGGAUAGCAGCUACUACUCUUGUGAAGCGAGUAACAACGUAGGAGAUAUCAUAUCUAGGACGAUAUACAUCAACGUCUUGGAUGCAACAUCUUUACGAAUUCCACCCUUUUCUUUUCCUGCUGAGUCCAUAAUAGGCAGACGAGUGAGUGCAACCUGUACUCCUAGUUUCGGCGAAAAAAUAGAAUUUAAAUGGCUAAAAAAUGGCAAAGAAAUUUUAAAGGGAUUAAAUGUGGACAUCCGCUCUUUUUCCGACUUGUCCACCUUAGUAAUUGACCCUUUGAGAGAGGAAGACACUGGAAAUUACACUUGUAUUGUCAAUACUCGUGGAAUGUCUGGCAGCUACACAACUACCCUUGAGGUUUUAGUUCCUCCAUCUUGGACUCAUACUCCGAACGAUGUGGAUGCUUUGAGUGGCGAUACCAUAACAAUGAAUUGCAUGGGAAAUGGGAGACCAAACCCAACAACAACGUGGUCAAGAAUAGAAGGUGAUAGCACAGAAUUUAAGCCAAUAUCUAAUCUAAAUCACUUAAACGUACAUUCAAAUGGAAGUCUACAUUUGAAUUCUGUCGAAAAGGAUGACGAAGGAACAUACAGGUGCAACGUAUCUAACAGCAUUGGACCAUCACUCUUAAAAGAUAUUCUCCUCCGGGUAAUAGCUACAGGAGAAAGUCUUCAAAUUCAACCUUUUUCUUUUCCAUCAAAAUCUGUUGUUGGUAAACGGGUGAGUAUAAGUUGCACCCCUGCUUCGGGUGAAAAGAUGGAUUUCAAAUGGUUCAGAAAUUCUCAAGAACUAACUAAAGGGAGGAAUAUGGAUAUAAGAUCCUUUCCCGAUCUCUCUGCUUUAGUCAUCGACCCUUUGACGGAGGAGGAUACGGGAAAUUAUACGUGCAUUGUGAACUCUAGAGGACUCACUGGGAGCUACACAGCAGCACUUGAAGUGUUAGGAGAAAAUGCAGAUUUCAUGGUCAUACCAAACCCCGUCGUCCAUCCUAACGGAAGUCUCUUUCUUGAAUUCAUACAAAAAGAAGAUGAAGGUUCAUAUAAAUGCAACAUAUCUAAUGGCAUUGGACCGGAUUUGGUUAAAACAGUAGUAGUUAGAGUUAUAGGAGAAAGUCUUCAAAUUCAACCUUUUUCUUUCCCGUCAAAAUCUGUUGUUGGAAAACGGGUGAGUGUAGGUUGCACCCCUGCUUCGGGCGAGAAGAUGGAUUUCAAAUGGUUCAGAAAUUCUCAAGAACUAUCUAAAGGAAGGAAUGUGGACAUUAGAUCCUAUCCCGACCUUUCUACGUUAGUCAUUGACCCGUUGAUGGAAGAUGAUACUGGAAAUUACACGUGCAUUGUUAACUCGAGAGGCCUGACUGGGAGUUACACAGCAGCACUCGAAGUUUUAGUUCCUCCAUCUUGGACGCAAGGGCCGAACGAUAUUGAUGCUCUAAGCGGCGAUUCAGUUACACUGAACUGCAAAGGUGCUGGAAAACCGAGUCCUGUUGUUACCUGGUCCCAUUUGCGAGGAGAAACUGCUGAUUUUAUGGUGAUACCAAACCCUGUUAUUCAUCCUAACGGAAGUCUCUUUUUGGAAUCCAUUCAAAAAGAAGAUGAAGGUUCAUAUAAAUGCAAUAUAUCUAAUGGCAUUGGACCGGAUUUGGUUAAAACAGUAGUAGUUAGAGUUAUAGGUGAAAAUUUGCAAAUUCAGCCAUUUUCUUUUCCAUCCAAAUCUGUAAUUGGCAAGCGAGGAAGUGUCACUUGCACACCAACCUCAGGAGGAAAAAUGGAUUUUAAAUGGUUCAGAAACGGAAAAGAAUUGACAAAGAACACAAAUGUAGACAUUCGAUCCUAUCCUGAUCUUUCAACAUUGAUCAUUGAUCCACUGACUGAAGGUGAUUCUGGGAACUAUACCUGCAUUGUUCAUUCUAGAGGUUUCACUGGCAGUUACACCACGAAUUUGGAAGUAUUAGUUCCUCCGUCGUGGAUUCAUUUUCCCAAAGAUUUUGAUGCACUCCAAGGAGAUACUGUUGUGCUCAACUGCAAAGGAUCUGGAAAUCCUCCCCCAACUGCCACGUGGUCACGCAUACAAGGAGAAAACAUUGAAUUCUCUCCUUUAAGUAGUUUGGCUCAUCCAGCCGUUCAUUUAAAUGGAAGUUUAGCUAUGAAUUCAGUAGAAAAAGAGGAUGAGGGAACGUACAAAUGUAAUGUAUCGAAUGGCAUCGGCCCUCCGCUUAUUAAAACCAUAGUCGUCAGAGUAAUUGAUAGAAAUUCUAUCAAAAUACAGCCCUUUUCGUUUCCAUCAGACUCUUCAAUUGGCAAACGAGUUAGUGUAACAUGCACACCUUUAAUGGGUGAAAAAAUGGAAUUCAAGUGGUUGAGAAACGGCAAAGAAUUAGUAACAGGAAAGCAUAACAUUCAUAUUCUGUCGUAUCCUUUGCUCUCAAAUUUAGUAGUAGAUCCUCUAAGCUCGGAAGACAGUGGAAAUUAUACUUGUGUUGUUAACUCCAGAGGACUAUCUGGCAGUUAUACAACAACACUAGACGUCCUAGCUCCUCCAUCGUGGAUAACUAUACCAGGAGACUUUGAUGCUAAAAGUGGCGACUCUGUAAUCCUGAACUGCAAAGGAAGUGGUAGACCGGACCCAACUGUCGUUUGGUCUAAGACUCAAGGGGAAGGCUUUGAUUUUAUUCCCGUUCAAAACUCCGGUGAAUCAGUUGUUUACUCGAACGGCACCUUUUACAUGAACGCAAUAGCUAAAGAAGAUGAAGGGAUGUAUAAAUGUAACAUCUCGAACGGAAUAGGAAAUCCAUUGAUUAAAACAGUUAUGAUUAAGGUUAUAGGUGAAGAUGCUGUCAAAAUCCAACCGUUUUCAUUUCCGUCAGAACCUGUAGUCGGAAAGAGAGUUAGUGCAACUUGUACACCCUCUACGGGUGAAAAAAUGGAUUUCAGAUGGUUGAAGAAUGGCAAAGAGCUACAAAGGAGACAAAAUAUUAAUAUUUUAUCUUUUCCUGAGCUGUCGACUCUGGUAAUUAAUCCUUUAAUUUUGGAAGAUAGCGGUAACUAUACUUGCGUCGUAAGUGCCAGAGGAUUGGUAGGAAGUUUCACUACCACUUUGGAUGUUCUAGUGCCUCCUUCGUGGAAGAUUACUCCUCAAGAUCACGACGCAGUAAAUGGAGAAAACGUCAUCUUGACUUGCAUCGGAUUAGGAAAACCGGAACCUGUAGCAACAUGGUAUAGAAGCUUUGCAAUGAGCAACGAAUUCACUCCGGUACUAGGAUCUCUUCCAAAGAACGGAAGUCUUAUUAUUGAAGAAAUAAAAAAAGAGGACGAAGGACUGUACAAAUGCAAUGUCUCAAACGGCAUAGGAAAUCCUUUGGUAAAAACAGUUGUUGUGAGGGUAACAGCUCUGAAAAUACAGCCUUUUUCAUUUCCUAAUGACACAAUUAUUGGAAACCGUGUCAUUACUAUAUGCGCAACGUCAAAUAAAGAAAAAAAUGAAUUCAAAUGGUUGAAGAAUGGAAGAGAAUUAAAAAGUACGCAUAGCACAACUGUGAGAUCUUUCCCGGAAUUCUCUACUUUAAUCAUAGAAUCUUUAGUGGAAGAAGACGCCGGAAAUUACACUUGCAUAGCAAGUUCUAGAGGUUUCACAGAAAACUUCACGACGAACUUAGAAGUUCUAAUUCCUGUUUCAUGGGUUGUUCAUCCAAAAGACACGGAUGCUGUAAGAGGAGAAAAUGUUAUUCUUAACUGUCAAGGUGCUGGAAAACCGCAGCCAACGACGCUGUGGACAAAAAUGUUAGAUAAUAAUGUGGAGUUCGUACCGGUUGGCGAUGCAUCUGGGAUGAAAAUAUUUUCCAAUGGAAGUCUGGUAUUUGAAAACAUCAAUAAAGAUGAUGAAGGUUUAUACAAGUGUAACAUAUCCAAUGGUAUUGGGAUAUCUUUGCAGCAAACGGUUGUCGUACGUGUAAUAGUUCAUACUCUAAAUAUCCAACCAUUUUCUUUUCCAAAUAACUCUGUUCUUGGAAAUAGAGUUUUAACAUCUUGUACUACGUAUAACAAUGAAAAAAUGGAAUUCAAGUGGUUGAAAAAUGGCAAGGAAAUUAGCGGGAUCCAAAGUGCAAACGUCAGAUCAUUCCCAGAAUUUUCUACUUUAGUAAUUGAUUCCCUUUCUGAAGAGGAUGCUGGAAAUUACACUUGCAUCGCAAGCUCAUCGGGAUUUACAGAAAGUUUUACGGCAACUCUAGAAGUUCUAGUUCCAGUUUCAUGGAUGCACCAGCCAACCGAUGUUGACGCAAUUCGUGGAGACAGAGUCAUCAUUAACUGCAAAGGAUUUGGUAAACCUCCUCCAGCAGUCAUUUGGUCUAGAACAACAGAAAGUAAAUUAGACUUCGUAGCUGUUGCAGAGUCAGCAGAAAUAAAUGUGUUACCGAAUGGAAGUCUUAAAAUAAAUUCAAUUAGUAAAGAAGACGAAGGAUUGUAUAGCUGCAAUAUCUCUAAUGGUAUAGGACAUGUGUUACAGAAAACUGUAGUCGUUCGUGUUAUAGGUGUCACUGCUUUUAAAAUCCAGCCCUUUUCUUUUCCAAAAAUCUCUGUGGUCGGAAAACGAGUUACAACUGUAUGUGCCACCUCAAGUGGAGGAAAAGUAGAAUUCACUUGGUUGAAAAAUGGACAAGAUCUCAUUAAAAAUUCGAAAAUUACUGUCCGAUCAUUUCCUGAUCUCUCCAAUCUCGUGAUUGAUCCACUAUCGGAAGAAGAUAGUGGUAAUUAUACAUGUAUAGCACAUUCGAGAGGCAUUUCCGAAAAAUAUACUACACAUUUGGAAGUUUUAGUUCCUCCAACGUGGAAGGCGGCCCCAUUGGACACCGAAGCAAUAGAUGGAGAUACAGUUAUAUUAAAUUGUGAAGGAAAUGGGAACCCCAAACCGACAGUGAUGUGGUCUCGUAUAAACGGUAUAUCGUCUGAGAUAAGUCUUCAGCAAAAUACUCUCCAUCGCAUUUUGGAACAAAACGGCAGUUUAAUUUUGAAAGACAUCGACAAAUCACAUGAAGGAAUGUACAAAUGUAACGUUUCAAACGGAAUUGGUCAUCCGUUGAUUAAGACAAUUUUGGUGAAAGUAAUCGAAAGCUUAAAAAUACAGCCUUUUCUGUUCCCUGCAACUGCUAUGAUUGGUCAAAGAGUAAGUACAAUGUGCGCUACAGUUACUGCUGGAAGCAAAAUGAACUUUCAGUGGUCAAAAAACGGAGCUGAAAUCGCUAAAUCUAAUAGGAUACAAGUGAUGACUUUUCCUGAGAUAUCCAACAUCAUAAUUGAUCCAUUAAAUGAAGAUGAUAGUGGAAACUACACAUGCAUUGUCUCUUCAAACGGAGUAUCUGAUAGUUACACAGCAUCACUAAAUGUAUUAAUUCCUCCUUCUUGGAAAUACAAACCGAAGGAUGAAGAAGCAAAAAAUGGUGAAAGUCUUUUCCUUGACUGCCAUGGGCUAGGAAAACCCGCACCUUCAAUAAAAUGGUUCAAGCUACAAGGUCAAGACAACGAUUUGAUUGCAAUUCAAAGUGAGAAAAAUGCUAUAAUACAUUCGAAUGGCACUUUGGUAAUUAAUAAUAUAAGCAAGGAAAGCGAAGGCUUCUACCAGUGCAUUGUAUCAAACGGAGUGGGCCCAGAGUUGAAAACUGACAUCAAUAUCAAAGUCAUAGAUACGUGGAAAAUUCAACCCUUCACAUUCAGCAACGCAAGGGUUGGCCAAAGAGUGUCAACGACAUGUACUACCUCUGGAGGAAAAAGAUUAACCUUUGAGUGGCUUAAAGAUGGGAAAAGUGUCAAGGAUAUUUCAAACAUUAAAAUCAUAUCCGUAUCAGAUGUUUCAACCAUCAUAAUUGAUCCAGUUGCUGAAAGUGAUUCGGGGAAUUACACCUGUGUGGCGAAUUCGGAUGGCAUGACAGAUAUGUACAUUGCAUCCCUCAGUGUUUAUGUUCCUCCAGAAUGGGUUAACAGCCCGGGGGACAAGGAAGCCCUUUCCGGAGAAACAGUGAUUAUUCCUUGCUCUGCCACAGGAAAACCACAACCUGUGAUUUCAUGGGGCAAAUUCCAUGAUAUGGAUGGGAAGUAUCACGUUCUAUCAGAGUCAGUUUCUGCCACAGACCGAAUUUCACAGUUAAAAAACGGAUCUCUUCAGAUAGACGAUAUUUAUAAAGACGAUGAGGGUAUAUAUCAGUGUAGAGUCUCCAAUAAUGUAGGAAUGGCACUGGAAAAAUCUGCAAGCUUGCGUGUGAUUGGCACUCCAAAGAUUCAGCCGUUUCUCUUUCCAAACCAAGUUAUAUCAGGAACUAAAACUAGCGUUACUUGCACAGCAAUAUCAGGUGUACCUCCUAUGGAGUUCAAAUGGUAUAAAAACGGACACCCUUUGAAGAUGAACCAAAAAGUAAACGUAAGAACGUACAAUGAUUUUUCAAUGAUAUUUUUAGAAGAAGUUGAUCAAAGUUCCAGCGGAAAUUUUACAUGCGAAUUACUGGGUCCAACCGGAGCAGAUUCUUAUACAACAUUUCUCGAAGUAAAGGAACCACCGAGAUGGGUGAAACAACCUCAAGACAUGGCACUGAACAGUGGCAUAAACGUAACGCUGGAAUGUUUAGCUACUGGGCAUCCAUUACCGAAUGUGACGUGGAAGAAAACAUCAGACGGCAUUCGUGAAACAUUUGAGACAGUGCAAGAACAAAAGCAAUUUCCCGGAAAAAGUCUUCUUGAAAUAAAAACUGCAUCACCAAGAGACGGAGGUUUCUAUAAAUGUGUUGCGACUAAUGUUAUUCAGUCUAUUGAAACAAAUGGCAUUUUAAUCACUGUUAGUGAACUUCCUCAGAUUCAAAAGAUAAUGUUUCCAGACCAAGUCACUACCGGGAAAAGGACAAGUGCAACAUGCACUGCUAUCUCUGGAACACCUCCAAUGGAGUUUAAAUGGUUCAGAAACGGCCAUCAAGUGCAACAAAACCAACAGUUUACGAUUAAAACUUCAACUGAUUACUCUAUUCUGUUUAUAGAUAACGUUUCCCUCUCAACAAGUGGGAAUUACACUUGUGAACUCAAAACUCCAAUUGGUACAGAUCGUUUUACAGCAGUGCUGGAAGUAAAAGACCCACCAAAAUGGCUUAAAGAACCGAAAGAUACAUACUUAUUGGCAGGAGCUAACCUGACUUUGGAUUGCGAAGCAUCUGGAUUUCCUGUUCCUAUUGUAACAUGGAAAAAAGGCUCUAAUGAUAAAGAUAUCUACGAAGAAGUAAUGUCCCAAAGAAAAUUUGAAGGGAAAAGCACUUUGGUAAUUAAAGAGGCUAAAGAAGAAGAUGCAGGUCUUUACCUGUGUACAGCUAAUAACGCUAUUUCCAGUAUUAAAACCAACACCAUAGUAAUUGCAAUAAGUGGUUCUCCAAAAAUACAGCCAUUUAAUUUAGCCACACAGUUUACGACAGGGGAGCAGGUCACUUUGUUUUGUGCUAUAAAGUCAGGAACCCCGCCAUUUUCUUUUCAAUGGAUGAAAAAUUCUCAACCACUUAAGGAGGAUCCUUUUGCCAAAGUUCUAGAUUUAACCCAUUUUUCAAACCUUUUAAUUCCAACCAUAACUUUGGAUUCGAGAGGGAAUUACACCUGCAAAGUUUCUAACGCUUACGGAUCAGAUGUUCAUACAGAAUAUCUAAACGUUGUCGUAUCCCCAGAAUGGAAGAUAGUUCCUGAAGAUCAAGAAAGAAUUGCUGGAGAGAGUUUGUCUUUAGAAUGCUCCGCCAAUGGCUUUCCCGAGCCAAUAAUAGCAUGGAAGAUAAAGAAUCAAGAAAACUCAAACGAACAAAAUGUGAUACAGAAGAACUCAAGAAUUCAAAUCUUAGCUGGAAUUCUCACUAUCAACGAACUUUUAGAAGAGGACGAGGGUAAUUACGUUUGCGAAGCUGCCAAUGGUGUCGGAGAUGGUAUAUCGCACAGUGUCUCUGUUUCUGUGCUUGGUUCACCAAGAAUUCAGCCAUUUAGUUUCCCGGAAAAACUAACGGAAGGACAGAAGACGAAAGCCCUGUGCACAGUUAUUGAGGGGCUAAGCCCAUUCAAAUUUAUGUGGUUUAAAAAUGAGCAACCACUAACUACGUCGUCUCACAUCGUCAUUCAAAACAACGACGAUUAUUCUGUUUUAUUCAUUAAUUCCUUGCGAACUGAGCACGCAGGAAACUAUUCCUGUGCAGUUACUAGUUCUAUAGGCCGAGAUUCAUAUACUUCAUUGUUGGUCGUAAAUGUUCCGCCUUCAAUUCUUCAAGAUCCUCAAGAUCAAACACUUCAAGAAGGACAAGAUGCUUUAUUCUCGUGUCCAGCAAGAGGAUUCCCUCAACCUGUUGUAAUAUGGAGCAGAGGUAAUGAAAAACUGCAGAAUGAGAGGAUACAAACAUUUACAAAUGGAAGUCUACUGAUCAACAAAAUUGACAAGUCCGAUGAAGGAUUGUACAGAUGCACUAUUAGUAACAACAUAGGAGAAGAUUUGCAAAAAUUAGUAUCUUUAACUGUUAUUGUUCCGGCCCAUUUCAAAGGAAAAUUCGAAGUCCAAAAUGUUCGCCGAGGAGAAACGGCCACCCUCAAAUGCGAAGCGGUCGGAGAUAAACCUCUCAGCAUCACGUGGACCAAAGACAAAGCAGAAAUCGAUUUCAAGAAGCACACGAGACUUGAAAAGUUCGACAGAGAUGUUGAAAAAGGACUUAGUUCGGAACUGAUAAUUCGAACUGCUGACAGAAAAGACGGGGCGCUUUAUGGUUGCUUAGCAAAGAAUGAAUAUGGCACAGAUGAAAGAAAUAUCAAGCUCCUCGUUAUUGAAGUACCCGCAAAACCAAUAGACGUAAAACUUAAGGAAGUCUGGAGCAGGACUGCCAGCAUCAUGUGGUAUGCUCCAUACACAGGGAAUAGCCCCAUCACAAAAUACAUCGUUCAGUAUUGGAGAGACAGAGGAGGACCUCACCGUCUCUUGGAGGAAACUGUUCCAAACAGCCAAACAACAGUUCUGUUGAAGAACUUACAGCCGGGUACUCCGUACGCCGUGACGGUCCUGGGCGAGAAUGAGAUUGGACAGGGGCAACCAUCUGACAUUCUCAAGUUCGUCACUGGAGAAGAAGAACCAAGCGGGCCUCCUACGGAUGUUUGGAUUGAAUCUAAAAGCUCCAGUUCUAUAUUGGUUACAUGGAAGGCACCACCCCGGGAGCUGUGGAACGGUGAACUUCGUGGUUACUACGUGGGGUACAAAGUAGACGGAUCCUCUCCAUCCUAUUUCUUCAAGACGGUGGACAACGCUGUCAACGACAGCCAGGAAUACCUCCUCACCAACCUCAUGAAGUCCACCAAGUACAACAUCGUUGUCAAGGCGUACAACAGCGCUGGCACCGGCCCACCCUCACAAGACCUCGUUGCCAAGACAUUAGAUGGAGAUGUACCCGAGGCUCCUGCUUUUACGGUCGUCGCAGCGUCUGAGUCGAAAAUAAGUUUGCGAUGGGGAGAUCCACCUUCACGAAACAUUCCGGUGACAGGAUACACGUUACACUACAAAAAGGAGGGCGGCGAGUGGUUCCACAUUCCCAUCAUAGCGUCCAGCAGCAAGAAUCGCUUCACCAUCACCGGAUUGGAAAGUUCCACUCCUUACAAGAUCUACAUAACUGCUUCGAAUCAGUACGGCAACGGGGAAGCAAGUGACAUUACUACUGUCACCACUUCUAUGAAAGGAUUUGUUAUUGGGAAUACAGAAACGUACGUAGAUCUUUCUGUAAUAGUUCCAGUUGCUGCUUGCAUCCUGGCUUUCAUUGUGGUUGCCAUAGUUGUUAUAAUUUACUACAGAAAAUCUAAGGCUCGGAACAAUCUUGAAAGAGCUCUACAAGGAGGCAAACCUUUCCCAUACACUGGCUCGACGCAGCGUUACAUCGACAUCGACAAAACCAGGCUUCCCGCCGAACCGGGAACUCUCACUUCCUCUUAUGCCACCAUCCCACCUCAAGAAAUCACGGAAGAAGGCACGCAAGAAAUGAAAGCAUUCAUGCACGGGAAUAUGAAGGACAGACCACUUCCUUCAAAGCCUUCCUCCAUGAAGAAGAAAAGCAAGGGGCACGUUUACGACACUGCGCAGUGAAAAUAGCUCCCUACAGUUAUGUACAUAAAGACAUUAGUAACCUAGUGUGCUGCCAUCGACGGAUUGUAUGUCCAGUAAUUAGUACUUGUGGAACUUUUUUUUAUUUUAUAUACUCUAUUCAAUUCCCGCGUUGAUAGAAUCUCUACACUUAUACAUUUCAUGUUCGAUGAAAUCAUACGUUUUGACUUUGGUUUUACGAAAAAUUUUUGAAAAAUAAGAAAUGAUUAGAUUGACUUGAGUUUUUGAAAUGAGCUUCUUGGAUGUAAUUUCAGGUUCGUUGUGAUGACGAAAAAACCAUUAGUCCCAUAGGUAGGGAAAACAGUAAUAGAUUUCCAUUUGAGUAAAGAAACUGCAAAAUUGCCGAGUGAUGCAAGUGAUGAGGGAUGACUACGGCUACUUAUUAUUAUAUUA